AUGAGAACGACCAUUCCUACCAAUGGAAACGGUUCGAUUACAGUCAGCGACCGUAUUGAUCCGAUCCUCACGCAAUCUCCCAAGGUGGACAAUACCAGUGCUAAUAACGAGAACUACUUCUGCUGCACGCAUCCGUUGUGUGCGCGCCACAAAAAGCUGUGCGACCAGCAAAGUCCAGAGGUUCCCCAGAUUACGACAAUCUACCAGAAAUGCACCGGCGACAAGGACACCACCGGUUUGCUGGUACCGGAAGUGCUCUGCGACGAACGAGCGCGAUCGGGCACGGGUGGCGAGGACACUCGCGUUUGCUGCAUACCGCCCAAAACCGAUCGCCUUAUAUCGCACCCAAACGCGGCCAAGCUGGCCAAGAUUCCCUGCGGUACGAUUGGGCUGAUGGUCAAGAUUCAGGACGGCACGUACGCCCAACGUGGAGAAUUCCCGUGGAUGGUGUAUCUCGUCUACAAGUACAAAAGGACCUGCAGCGGCACGCUCAUUCAUCCCUCGUACGUGCUCACCGCACACCACUGCGUCCAGCCGGGACUGGAGAAGGUCCGGCUGGGGGAGUACAAUUUAGAGGAAAAAUCCCAAUGUUCCCCAGGUGAGGCCGCCGGUGAGGCUUGUUCGCAUGUGCAGGAGAUCGCUAUCAGUCAAAAAUUCCGCAACCACGCGCACGACGUCGGUUUGCUGAGGCUAGCCCAACCGGCUUCCCUGGACGGGGAUCUGGUGCGUCCGAUAUGCUUGCCGCUGUACUUAAACCUCCGGCUGCACGUGCCAUUGACGGUUUCCAUCACCGGAUGGGGCCUGACGGAGAAGGGCAAACCAUCCAACAUCCUAAUGAAGGCGGAAACGCAGGUUGUGACGAAGGAGAAAGGAUGCACCAACGAUUACGUGAUUUGUGUCGGCGGACAUAACAACAGCAAUCACUGCAAUGGAGACUCGGGAGGACCCUAUCAGGCGCAGGGUACGUUCGGUGGCUUCAAUCGAUUUGUGCAGUAUGGCAUCAUCUCGGAUGGUUCGCGGUAUUGCGCCACCCCGGAUAGGCCAAGCCGGGCCGUGCUCGUCGCAUACGUUAUGGAGUGGAUCUUGAGUAAAAUGGUGCUGUAGCGGUGAUCUUAUACUACACCCAGUGCAAGCUGCUUCGUGAUCAUAAUGU